CAAAGCCCGCAUGGCUCAGUGGUAGAGCGCAUCACUAGUAAUGAUGAGGUCGUCAGUUCGAUUCUGGCUGUGGGCAACCCAAUCAUUUCUUUUAACUUUUUUUUUCUCUUGCAAUGUUUCUUUUUGCAGUUUCCAACAAUUCCUUUUUUUUUCCCAGGUGUUUGUCUGUCUUUCAUCAUAUCUUCGGGAAGUGAAUGAAGCGAUUUUAGGAAAACCACCGGUCUUCCUUCGACAUUACGAGACUCGCUCUCAGAUGUUUAGGUAUGUAAUUCCCAAAUACUCGCAGGUGCAUGCCAUUCUAGACCUUUCAUUCCGUUUUCCAACAAUUUUACCUACCUCCAACUCGCCAAACCGUCACACUCGAACGAAUCCCCAACCGGUUCGCCAACUCACAAUUUGUUCCAUCCAACAACACGAUAUCUCGACCUUUCCAUCAACAGAACGAGCAAAUAACCCUAAAUCCUUAAUUUAGCUCUUAGAAGCUGCCGCCGCCUCCUCCUUCUUCUUUUUCUCCUCCUCUUCCUUCUUCUUUCUCUCCUCCUCUUCCCUCUUCCUCUGUUCCUCCUGCCUCUUCUUUUCGGCUGCCAGGUACGCCUGGUACUGUGGGCAAUCUAGUCUGGAUCAUGCAACAAAGCAGGUUAGUUAGACUUAGGUUGUUGAGUAACAAAGGG